AUGUCGUCGGAAGGGGCCAGCUCACCAAAGGGCAACUCCAUCAAAAACCAGUUCGCUUACGUCGACGAGGUCUGCGUGGUAGACGCAUCGCCGGUUGUAGCGGUAGUCGUAGUGUCGGACCCCGUCGUCGCCGUGGCGGACGUCUGCGCGCUGUCGCCGGUCGAGGGUCCUGUGGCGAUCGAUGACCCAGUGGUGAGGCCCGUGAGGCUGCUGAGGCCACUGGUGCCGGUCCCAGUUCCCGAGAUCAAUGAAGAGAGACCGCUGGUACCGGUGCCGGUGCCUGAGAUCAACGAGGAGAGGCCGCUAGUGCCGGUCCCAGUGCCUGAGGUCAAAGAGGAGAGCCCGCUCAUGAUGGAGGACAUGUCGCCGAGAGACGAGAGACCGCCGCCACUCAGGAGCGAGCUCAACCCCGAGCCGGAGGUCAGCGACGACAGCGAAGUCGAACUGGGCAGCAAACUGGAGAGCGACGAGAGCGCCGAAGUCGAAGUGGAGGCACUCGCCGUCGACCCCGUCAGAGUGGAGAAGUCGAGGCCCGACGUGGUGCCCGUGCGAAGCAGCUUGCGCUCAGGAGCAGCUUGCGCGCAGUGA